UGCCAGGAGCUAAUAUGGCUACCGUAGUUACACCAUUCUCUUUCUUCACCUAAUCAGCGACCUGACUGCCCAGACCAAGGUGUUGGCUAUGAGCUAAGUCUUCUUUGGCGCUCCACUGGCCGCGACUAUAAGAGCGAUUGAAACCGGGCACAAUCUCGCGGCGUUAAACUCCGUAACCAGGAAAUCUCCACUUCCGCUGACGUAAUUACGGCGACACGUGGAUCCAAGAUGGCGGCGGCGAUGGAUUGGCUGCCGUGGUCCCUGCUGCUUCUGUCUCUCACAAGUGAAACAAGCGCCUUCUAUGUCCCUGGGGUCGCACCAACCAACUUCCACCAGAACGAUCCUGUAGAAAUCAAGGCUGUGAAGCUCACCAGCUCUCGAACCCAGCUACCUUAUGAAUACUACUCACUGCCCUUCUGCCAGCCCACCAAAAUAACCUACAAGGCAGAGAAUUUGGGAGAGGUGCUGAGAGGGGACCGGAUUGUCAACACCCCUUUCCAGGUUCUCAUGAACAGUGAAAAGAAGUGUGAAGUUCUGUGCAGCAAGUCUAAGGAUCCAGUGACCCUGACUGUGGAACAGAGUCGGCUCGUGGCUGAGCGGAUCACAGAGGACUACUACGUCCACCUCAUUGCCGACAACCUGCCUGUGGCCACCCGGCUGGAACUCUACUCCAACCGCGAUGGAGAUGACAAGAAGAAGGAAAAAGAUGUGCAGUUCGAACACGGCUACCGGCUUGGCUUCACGGAUGUCAACAAGAUCUACCUGCACAAUCACCUAUCCUUCAUCCUUUACUAUCAUCGGGAGGACCUGGAAGAGGACCAGGAGCACACAUACCGCGUCGUCCGCUUCGAGGUGAUUCCCCAGAGCAUCAGGCUGGAGGACCUCAAAACAGAUGAGAAGAGUUCAUGCACCCUGCCUGAAGGCACCAACUCCUCACCCCAAGAAAUUGACCCCACCAAGGAGAACCAGCUGUACUUCACCUACUCUGUACACUGGGAGGAAAGUGACAUUAAGUGGGCCUCUCGCUGGGACACUUACCUCACCAUGAGUGAUGUGCAGAUCCACUGGUUUUCUAUCAUAAACUCUGUCGUGGUGGUCUUCUUCCUGUCAGGCAUCCUGAGCAUGAUUAUCAUUCGCACUCUCCGGAAGGACAUCGCCAACUAUAACAAGGAGGAUGACAUUGAAGACACCAUGGAGGAGUCUGGGUGGAAGCUAGUACAUGGUGAUGUCUUCCGGCCCCCUCAGUACCCCUUAAUCCUCAGCUCGCUGCUGGGCUCCGGCAUUCAGCUCUUCUGUAUGAUCCUCAUCGUCAUCUUUGUGGCCAUGCUCGGGAUGCUGUCGCCCUCCAGCCGGGGAGCUCUCAUGACCACAGCCUGCUUCCUGUUCAUGUUCAUGGGGGUAUUUGGUGGAUUUUCUGCUGGCCGUCUAUACCGCACUCUAAAAGGCCAUCGAUGGAAGAAAGGAGCCUUCUGUACUGCAACACUGUACCCUGGUGUGGUUUUUGGCAUCUGCUUCGUGUUGAAUUGCUUCAUCUGGGGAAAGCACUCAUCAGGAGCAGUGCCCUUCCCCACGAUGGUGGCCCUGCUGUGCAUGUGGUUCGGGAUCUCCCUGCCCCUUGUCUACUUGGGCUACUACUUUGGCUUCCGCAAGCAGCCAUAUGACAACCCUGUGCGCACCAACCAGAUUCCCCGGCAGAUCCCUGAGCAGCGGUGGUACAUGAACCGGUUUGUGGGCAUCCUCAUGGCUGGGAUCCUGCCCUUUGGUGCCAUGUUCAUCGAGCUUUUCUUCAUCUUCAGUGCGAUCUGGGAGAAUCAGUUCUAUUACCUCUUUGGCUUCCUGUUCCUCGUCUUCAUCAUCCUGGUUGUGUCCUGCUCCCAAAUCAGCAUCGUCAUGGUGUACUUCCAGCUGUGUGCAGAGGAUUACCGCUGGUGGUGGAGGAAUUUCCUGGUCUCCGGGGGAUCUGCAUUCUACGUCCUAGUCUAUGCCAUCUUUUAUUUUGUUAACAAGUUGGACAUCGUAGAGUUCAUUCCUUCUUUGCUCUAUUUUGGCUACACGGCCCUCAUGGUCCUGUCCUUCUGGCUCCUCACGGGCACCAUCGGCUUCUAUGCAGCCUACAUGUUUGUCCGCAAGAUCUACGCUGCUGUGAAGAUAGACUGAUGGGAGUGGACCAUGGCCAGGCCCACUCCUUCCUCAGACAGGAAGCCACCCUGCGUGGGGAACUGCAGGCACACAAAAUAAAAUAACUCCUGCUCGUUUGGAAUGUAACUCCUGGCACAGUGUUCCUGGAUCCUGGGGCUGCGUGGGGGGGGCGGGAGGGCCUGUAGAUAUAUCUUGCAUUUCUCUUCAUCAUCUUAUUCCAGUUCUGUGGGGGAUGAGUGUUUUGUGGGUUGUUUUUUUCUUCAGUGCUAAGAAAGUUCCCUCCAGUGGAACUCUCAAACCUGUUUAUUCAGGUUUAUUUUUGGUUUGGGGUUUUUCUUUAGUUUUUUUUUUUUUUUUUUUUUAUCAAAUGGAUCCAGGAUGGAUAAAUCCACCAAGACACUGGGUUUUGGUCACUGUAUCCACCUCAGUUCCUCAGGGCUGUUGGCCACCCCACAAUUAACUGGAAGAGGAAACACCAGGCCUUCUGGGGCUUCAGUGAGGUUUCCGAGCCUCUCGCCAUCCGUCCUCGCCGUUGAUGCCGUGACAAAGCACAGCUCUAGCCGGACGUGCAUCCUCAGUGCCAACCAGCCUCUACCAGCCCUAUCCCUCCCUCUUCCUGCUCCCCAACCUCCUCCCAGAGCUGCCCAAGGCAGGGCUUCCAGCCAGGCCUCCAGGUCAUCUUCUCACCAGGAGCAAGCCCACGUCUUGGUUGCUACAAGGAAAUCCCCUAGAAAUACUGGGGGCCAAGUGCCCCAGGACAGCAGGAGCCCUUGCUCAGAGCAGCAGGAGUUGGCUGGGCUAGAGAAGAGACAUGCAGUGAACUGUUUUUGUGCCAAGAAACCCUGGACCUGGGGCCAAGUAUUUCCAGAGCCAGGCAUCCACACGUCUGAGAUGAGGUUCCUCACCCCUCAGGAUUGCUCCCCAACCUUUUCCUCAGGAGGUCGCUGCUCUUUGCAAGUUGUGCUGCGGCAGACCCUCUCCUCUUCAAUUUCCAGGGCAGAGCAAGGCCUGGAUACCUCAGCUCCCCACCUUUACGUGACUGGGAAGAGUUAUUCUUUCCCUGACAUCACCCACCUCCGUGCCCAUUCUCAGGUCUUUUAGUCAGACCUGUCCCCUCCACCUUCCGUCUUAAGAUCUUGCCUUCUUUUGAGGACACCAGAAAACUACUUGUGAGAAGGAAGAUGGAAGGUAAGUUCUAUCAUUCCCCAAUUCCCAGGAAUAGGCAAGGAGUCUGGUCUUCCCAGGUUAGAGGGAGCUAAUGGGGCAGACCUGGCUCCUCCAUAAAUGCCCACUUUUAACAACCCCCACCCGCCCCAUGCAUGUCAUAGAGCAAAUGCUCUUAAGUUGCAAGAGACCAAGCCCACCAUGGGAUUAGAGUUUAAGUAACAGCCACUCACCCCUACUGCAGCCCCCUUGGGACCCCCAUAAGAUAACGCUCAGGAUGCUGGUUAAGCUAGGAACAUACCCUGCCCUUCAACCCCCAUACUCUCCCAGCUGCCCCUCCCCACCUCCACAAUCAAACCAGUGAACUUCUGAACCUUGCCUCACAGUGAUGCCGCAGUGCCCAGCAGCAUCCACCAAGAAUCAGGUUAGAGAAAGGGAACGCAAGCAGUAAAGAAUGAUGACAGUCUUGUUCAUUCCGAUCUUGCAUUUUUUCCCCUAAGAGAUUCUCUUUUGAGGGGAGGGGGAGUGGGGAUUUGGAUUCCUCAUUAAGGGUUUGAACAUUGUCAAUUUUUUCUGAAUUUUUUAAUUAUCAUCAUUAUUAUUUUUAAUUAAAAAAUGCCUGUAUGCCUUUUUUUGAUCCAAUUGUAAAUAAAUAUGCCAUUGUCCU